AUGGCGAAAAUCCAUCCAAGUUUGAGGGUUCUUAUGUUUCCAUGGCUAGGUCAUGGACAUAUUUCUCCUUACCUUGAACUAGCCAAAAAACUCUUUGCUAAAAACUUCAUGGUUUACUUGUGUUCCACCCCGGCAAACUUAACCUCAGUGAGAUCGAAACUCAGCGAAGAAGAAGAGUUCAAUGAGUCAAUCAAACUUGUUGAACUCGAAUUUGAAUCGCUUCCGGAACUUCCACCUAAUUAUCACACCACCAAUGGACUCCCACCCCAUCUGAUGCCUACUCUCAAAGAGGCCUUUGAUUGUUCUGUUCCCGAGUUUCUGGACAUUCUCACUGAUUUGAAUCCUGAAUUGCUCAUCUACGACAUCCUCCAGCCUUGGUCCGCGGUCGCGGCGUCCGUUUCCGGCAUCCCGGCGGUUGAGUUCAUCACCGGAAGCGUCGCAAUGACUGCGCUUGGCUAUCACUCUCUUGUGUCACCACCAGGUACGGAGUUCCCCUUUGAGAGCAUUUUCUUUCGCGAUUACGAAUCGGCUUUGAGAGAGAAAUUGUUUGUGCAUGACAAAGAUUCACAAUCUUUCACCCAAUGCAUUGAAUGCUCUAAAAAAAUGAUCUUAGUUAAGAGCAUUGCGGAAGUUGAGGGAAAAUACAUUGAUUAUUUCUCGUCCCUAACUGGAAAAAAAGUCAUCCCUGUUGGUCAUUUGGUUCAAGAACCUAACUUUAAUGAUUAUGUUGAUAAGGAUUGUGAAUCAUGGAUUUUCUUAACAAGAAAGAAAAGGGUUCAACCAUCUUUGUUUCUUUUGGGAGUGAGUACUUUUUGUGUGACAAAGAUUUGUUGGAAAUCGCUUAUGGGAAACGAAACUUCCCUUGAAGAGGUCUUGCCAAAAGAUUUUCUCAUUAGGGUUGGGGAUAGGGGAAAAGUUGUGAAUGGAUGGGCGCCACAAGCAAAAAUUCUGACUCAUCCUAAUACUGGCGGAUUUGCUAGCCAUUGUGGUUGGAAUUCUGUUCUUGAAGGCAUGAAAUUUGGGCUUCCUAUCAUUGCUAUGCCAAUGCACCUUGACCAACCUGUCAAUGCUCGUUUGAUUGAAGAACAUGGAGUCGGGAUCGAGGUUUUGAGAGAUUCAAGUGGCAAUCUUCAAAGGGAGACAAUUGCAAACGUUAUCGAUAAAGUGGUGAAAGGAAUUGAUGGAGAGAAAGUUAGGGAGAAGGCAAAAGAGAUGAGCAAGAAGAUUCAAAACAAGGGAGAGGAAGAGAUUGAUAAUGUGGUGGAAGAGUUGGUACAACUCUGUUUCGAGAAGGAUUAUUAUUAAGUUCUAGCCUACAUUAGGUACUUUAAUAGGCAAUUGCAGUUUAUUUUUCUCUUGUAGUGUG